ACAUCCGGUCGUUCCAUUCAUACUUCCGCUUUCCAGAAUCGCUUUGGCAGCUUUUCUUUUCACUUAAAAACAUACAGAUUUUUUUUUCUUUUGGUACUCUGUCGGCGUCCUCACACGGUAAUAUGACGCGGUUCUUGCUGUUGGUUGUAGUGGCUGCUCUGUCUCUAAGCCCUGCGGCGGUGAGCGGAGCAGACAAGAAGAAGCUGCAGAUAGGGAUCAAAAAGCGAGUGGACAACUGUCCCAUCAAGUCCCGCAAGGGAGACGUGCUAAACAUGCACUACACCGGGAAGCUGGAAGAUGGCACGGAGUUUGAUAGCAGCAUCUCCCGGGACAGGCCCUUCACCUUCACCCUGGGCACCGGCCAGGUAAUCAAAGGCUGGGAUCAGGGUCUGCUCGGCAUGUGCGAAGGCGAGAAGAGGAAGCUGGUUAUCCCCGCCGAGCUUGGCUACGGAGACCGGGGAGCUCCUCCGAAGAUCCCCGGAGGUGCAACGCUCAUUUUCGAAGUGGAGCUGCUGAGCAUCGAAAGGAGAUCGGACCUUUGAUGCGGAAAACAAUGGACAGGACGACUGCUUUAAGGAAGUUUCUGUCCAAGAUCCAGGAACUGCUGCUGUAAUAAAUAGAGACCACCUGACAUAUGAAGAAGGAGCAAGAUCAGGGGAAUGAAUGUAAUCCCAAUGAGAGCUUCUAUUCUUCUUUUACUGAUUUGUUGGUUUUGUUUUUUUUUU